GUCGAUUUGGUGAUCUGACAAGCCUGUUUCGGGACGCCAGGGCAUCCGGGGCGACUGACGCCUCGACUCCAGACGCCCUCCCAACGCGGUCGGUCGACAGGACAAGAGAAGGACGAAAGCGCGAGGAUACUCAGUUACCCCGAGAGUGAUUCCGCCCCGCCGCCAGCAUGAGCAGCAACAGCGACCAGGCGGCAAAGCCGUCGUCGCUGUCGGGCAUGGUCUCGACCCUCGUCCCGGUAGCGGUCGUCUCUGCCGUGUACAUUUCCAUCUUCCUGGUCCUGCGGCGGAGCCAGCGCCGCUACUAUGCCCCCAGGACCUAUCUCGGGAGCUUGCGGGAGAGCGAGCGCUCGCCGCCCCUUCCCGGCGGCUUCUUCAACUGGGUCGGCAGCUUCUGGAAGAUCCCCGACAUCUACGCCCUGCAGCACCAGUCCCUCGACGCCUACCUCUAUAUCCGUUACCUGCGCACCGCCCUGAUCCUUUGUGCAGUGGGCUGCUGCAUCACCUGGCCCAUCCUGUUCCCAGUUAACGCCACCGGCGGCGGCAACCAGACCCAGCUCGACAUCCUGUCGUACGCCAACAUCAAUCAGGACACCCAGUACAACCGCUACUAUGCCCACGCCUUCGUCUCGUGGCUGUACUUCGGCUUUGUCAUGUACAUGAUCAUGCGCGAGUGCAUCUUCUUCAUCAACCUGCGCCAGGCCUUCCUGCUGAGCCCCUUCUACGCCGACCGCAUCUCGUCCCGCACCGUGCUGUUCACCUCUGUGCCCGCCCCCUACCUGGACGAGGCGAAGCUGCGCAAGGUCUUCGGCCCCGCGGUCAAGAACGUCUGGAUCACCAGCGACACCAAGGAGCUCGACAAGCUGGUCGAGGACCGCGACAAGGCCGCCAUGCGCCUCGAGAAGGCUGAGGUCAAGCUGAUCAAGCUCGCGAACAAGGCCCGCCAGGAGGCCAUCAAGAAGGGCGCCGCUGCCGACGAGGCCGACAAGGCCCCCAUCGUGGGCGAUGCCGAGUCCGGCAGCGUCGCCGCCCGCUGGGUGCCCAACAAGAAGCGUCCAACCCACCGCCUCGGGCCCCUGGGUCUGUGGGGCAAGAAGGUCGACACCAUCAACUGGUGCCGCUCCGAGCUCGAGCGGCUCAUCCCGGAGGUCGAAGCCGCCCAGGCGAAGUACCGCGCCGGCGGGUACAGGAAGGUCCCUGGUGUCUUCAUCGAGUUCCGAACCCAAGCCGACGCCGAAGGUGCCUCCCAGAUCCUCGCCCACCACCAGGGCCUGCACAUGACUCCCAAGCACGUCGGCAUCCGGCCGGGCGAGAUUGUUUGGAAGUCGCUCGCCAUCCCCUGGUGGCAGAAGGUGAUUCGCCGCUACGCCGUGGUGGCAUUCAUCACUGCCAUGAUCCUUUUCUGGGCCAUUCCGGUCGCCUUCGUUGGCGCCGUCAGCAACAUCACCUAUCUCUCGAGCUUCAGCUGGCUGCACUGGCUGGGCGAUAUCCCGCCCGUCAUCAUGGGCGUCGUGACCGGCCUGUUGCCAUCAGUUCUUCUCUCGAUUCUCAUGGCGCUCGUGCCGAUCGUCAUGCGCCUGUGCGCGAAGCUGGCCGGCGAGCCGUCCCUCUCGAGGGUCGAGCUGUUCACGCAAAACGCCUACUUCGCCUUCCAGGUCGUCCAGGUCUUCCUGGUCGCCACCCUGGCGUCCUCGGCGACCGCCGUGGCCAAGCAGAUCGUCGACAGCCCCAUGAGCGCCCCGAGCAUCCUGGCCAACAACCUGCCCAAGGCGUCCAACCUCUACAUUGCCUAUUUUAUCGUUCAGGGACUGAGCAUCUCGGUUUCGGUCCUGACCCAGGUCGUCGGUUUCGUCGUUUUCACACUGCUCUACAAGUUCCUUGCCAACACGCCCCGCGCGCUGUACACGAAGUGGUCCAACCUCAGCGCCAUCUCGUGGGGCAGCACCUUGCCGGUUUACACUAACAUCAUCGUCGUCGCCAUCACGUACUCGUGCAUCGCCCCGCUGAUGCUGGGCUGGGCCACCAUAGCUAUGGCUGGUUUUCACCUAGCUUAUAAAUAUAACAUUCUCUUCGUCACCGACACGAAGAUCGACACGCGCGGCCUCAUCUACCCGCGCGCCAUCAAGCAGCUCUUCACGGGCCUGUACCUGGCCGAGGUGUGCAUGAUCGGCCUGUUCGGCGCGUCGGUCGCCCCGGGCCCGCUCGUGCUGAUGGUCGCCUUCCUUGUGUUCACCGUGCUCUUCCACCUCUCGCUCAACAGCGCCCUCGACCCGCUGCUGUACAACCUGCCGCUGACCCUGCUCGCCGAGGAGGAGGAGUCUGCGCGGCUCCUCGACCCCGAGAAGAACGCCGCCGCGGCCGGCCCCGGCCCGAGCACCAGCAAUAACAACAACGACGCCGUCGCCGACGGCGACAAGCCCGCGCAGUCCGCGUCCGAGGCGGACGGCGACGCCGCCGCCGCCGCCCACGCACGCGAGGAGGAGGCCCGCCAGGCCGCCAGCCGCGGCGGCCGCGGCGGCGGCAACGUGCUCACGCGCUUCCUCAAGCCGUGGCUCUACGCGGACUACGCGACGCUGCGGGCGCUGGUGCCGCGCGGCGCGGCGCUGGAGCCGUACGCGGCCGACGUCGCCGCCAACGCGUACCACCCGCCCGCGGUCACGUCGGCGGCGCCGCUGCUGUGGAUCCCCGCCGACCCGGCCGGCGUCUCCAAGCAGGAGGUCGCCCACACCGCCCGCGUCAUCCCCAUCACCGACGAGGGCUGCGAGCUCGACGACAAGGGAAAGAUCGUUUGGGACCGCGAGGGCGCGCGCCCGCCUGUGUGGGAGGAGAAGAUUUAUUACUAGGCGGUAAUGGUGGUGUGCGAACGGGUGAGGAGUCGGGGGGGUGUGUUGUGGGCUGGGAAUCUAAGGAGGCAGGUGGGUGUGCGGUGAUCGUGGACGGGUUCCGGUGC